ACACAUUUCCUGUACACUAUCGCUAACGUACACAACAGCGCUGUCAGAGUUAAACUGAAACAAAAUCGUGUCGUUCGUCGGAUAUAACAAAGGAAAAUAAAUAAAUAAUAUUACAAUACCAAAGACGAAAAUAAAUCACUGUAAUAUAAGGACAGAACUUGCUAACGUUACUGACUUGACACGGACACCCGACGUCUCGUUGUAAUGUUAGUUAGCUAGCUAGUUAGUUAGUGUUAACCGGUCGCGGCUUGAUUUGUUUGCUUUACAUUGACUUAUUACGAUCCGGUAUUUACUAAACUGGAUUGACUUUUGCCUGUAACUGUCCGCUGCACAACACUGUUCUGGUGUUUACCUUUUCGUCGCGGUUGAUUUGAACCUCCUUUAGCAUCUUGGCGAGAUUUAUUCUGCCGAACCAGUACCAAAAUGUCAAAAUACACCACUUUUGCUGAUGCAGCUGAUGAUCAUAAUCCGUUUCAGGAUCCGUCAGUGACUCAGCACAGCAGCAACUCUGGCUAUGCCACGCUGGACCUCUACAACCCAUUUGACAACAACGCAACAGCGCCCCCGCCUCCGUACGAAGCCACGUGUCCUUCUGCGCCUCCUGCCCAAACGCCUCCCAGCAGGACCACACCCACCGAACCCAGGAAUUAUGGAUCCUAUGGAACACAGUCUGCAGUGAAUGCCACCACGGCAGAUCUUUUGAGGAAGCAGGAGGAGCUAGAGAGAAAAGCAAAAGAGCUGGAGAGAAGAGAGAGAGAGCUGACUGCACAUGCGCUUGGCUCUGGAGCCACUCGUCAGAAUAAUUGGCCUCCAUUGCCCUCCUUCUGCCCGGUGGGACCUUGCUUCUAUCAGGACAUUAAUGUGGAGAUUAGCCAAAGCUUCCAGCGCAUUGUCACCACCAUGUACUACUACUGGAUGUUCACAGCAUGCACUUUGUUCUUUAAUCUCAUCUCCUGUUUGGCUAUGUUCUGUGUGGAUCCCAAUAAUGGAGUUGGUUUCGGCCUUGCCAUACUCUGGUUUCUCCUCUUCACCCCCUGCUCCUUUGUUUGUUGGUACAGGCCUGUGUACAAAGCCUUCAGGAGUGACAGUUCCUUCAACUUUUUUGCAUUUUUCUUUAUCUUCUUCACACAACUGGUGCUUUAUGUUAUGAUGACUAUCGGUAUCCCUAGCUGGGGCUUCAGUGGGUGGAUCGUGAGUUUAGCCGCUCUUAGCACAAACAAGGCAGUGGGUGUGAUCAUGAUGAUAAAUGCUGUGCUCUUCACCGCUCAGGCAGCCAUGGGAGUGGUGCUGCUCAAGAGGGUUCAUUCUAUGUACAGGCAGACCGAAGCGAGCUUCGAGAAAGCCCAGGCUGAGUUUGCUACCGGUGUCCUUUCCAAUCAGGCAGUGCGCCAGGCAGCCACCAAUGCCACUGUUUCUGCCGCUCAAGGCGCCUUCACCGCACCCCGGUAGAGAGACCUGAAUGAAAGAAAAGAAACGAGGUUAAAGAACCCGAUUGCUUACACAGCCUUGAGUCAAAGUGACUUAUUCUAGCACUGGCCGAGUUGAAAACCAACGCACUUAACCCUAGACUCCUCUAGCAUGCACGUCAAGAUACACAAGCUCAUAAUGAUAAUAAAACAUUGGAUUUCGUUUUGUAUUUGUUGGUCUUGCUGAGCAUUAGGCCAUUAGUUCAGACAUGCGAAAAGGAUCUAGGUGUUGGUUGUUUUCAAAUUGUGGCUUAUAUGAAUGCUGUCUAUAAGGAUUUAUGAUCCACUAAUACAAUAGUCUUUCCAUUUAUCAUGCUAGAAAAAGUCACUGUAAUAAUUUGUUAAGACCGUAAAAAUACCUAAUACCACAGGCUUUGGCUCACAAUUCUUGUCUCUUUUACUUUUCUGAAGUUUGUAAGUGUAAGGUACAGCAGCCUUGCAGAUUCAACAAAGAUGUGCCACAUUCUGCCUUUGCUUUUCCCUUGACUUCUUCCUCUGUGUAAAUAGCUGUACUUGGCAAGGAAAGGGAUCAUUUCAUUGCUCUAGAAUGAAGGUUGCAACUUUGAAGUCUAACUUGCCAAAUGUUUUUCUUAAAAAAAAAAAAAAGAAGAAGAGAGAAAUCCCAUAUCGUAUUUUAGAGAUCCACGAUCCUGUUUAUUAGUCUGUUGGUGGAUGGAUCUCUUGCUUUGAACUUUAUUUAUGAAAAAGCAUGUUUUGAUGCGGCUUGAACUACUGUAUGUACCUCUUUGCAGUUAUACACGACUAAUGUUUUAUUUUCAUGAGUUGAAACAGGUAGUUUGUGCUUUGAAAAGCUUUGGAAUAGAAACUUCAUACCUUGAUAUAAAACUCAAAUUUUCUAUCAAAAUGUGGUAGCGGAGAUCGGAUGCGGUUAUCAAUGGCCAACGUAUUGCUUUUGUGAUUUGUAACCUUUUUUUUUUUUGUAUUUUCAAUCUAACGUUUUGUCUAACUCUAUAGUAUAUGCCUAAAUGGAAGUGUUACCUGAUUGUUUUACUGUUAUUGUAUUGCUGCUGUAUGUUCUUGUAACUGUCACUGUGUUGUUUGUUUUAUUAAAAAUUAUGAAUAUGCAUCUUA